AGAUUCACAGUAUUAGUAAUUGGAUAUGGAUGAUCCAAAUAAAUCCGGGUCGUCUAUCUAAAAGCUUAAACCCUCAAAAACCUAAAACUCAGGCGUCGCCUAAUAUCCAUCUUCUCCUCUUUCUAUGAUUCAUAUUCUUUCCUUCUUUUUCCCGAAUCCACUCUGAAAACCUAAUUGAAAGAGGGAUAAUCAAUUUUUGUUGUCAAACCCUAAAAAUGCUACAUCAAUACAGAAUAAGCUCUAUCGAUUGGAGGCCAUCGGCAGUAGUUGCUCUAGCCACUAGUGUGGAUGAGUCGCAAGUCGCCGCUGCGAGAGAAGAUGGUUCUCUCGAGAUUUGGCUUGUUUCUCCUGGUUCUGUCGGUUGGCACUGCCAAUUGACUAUUCCUGGUGAUCCUAAUUCAAGAAUUACUGGACUUGUUUGGUGCCGUACAAGUUCUAAGGACUCCCCUUCUGGUAGAUUGUUUUCUUCUAGCAUAGAUGGGUCUGUUUCCGAGUGGGAUCUUUACACAAUGAAACAAAAGGUUGUGUUAGAAACAGUUGGUGUCUCGAUAUGGCAGAUGGCUUUGGAGCCUUCUAAGAGGCCUAAGGAAGAUAUAGAACCUGAGGCACUAAGCAAUGGAAAUGGGGUAGUCAUAGAUAAUGUUAGUGUCGAUUCUGAUAGUAGUGAUGAUGAUGAUAGUGACGAUUUGGUUGAGCUUUAUACACAAUCUUCCGUGGAGGAUCGUCGCUUAGCUCUUGCUUGUGAUGAUGGUUGUGUGAGAUUAUAUAAUAUUACUGAUGCUGAUGAACUGACAUACCAUAAAUCUUUGCCUAGAGUCAGCGGUCGAGUUCUUAGUGUAAUUUGGAGUCUUGAUGGAAAUUUGAUCUUUUCGGGAAGUAGUGAUGGGUACAUUCGAUGUUGGGAUACAAAGCGGCUGCAAGAAUUAUAUAGGAUAACUGUAGGUCUUGGUGGUUUGGGGACAGGAUCUGAUCUUUGUGUAUGGUCACUACUUGCACUAAGGGGUGAAGAACUUGUCAGUGCUGAUAGUACGGGCAGUGUUCAGUUUUGGGAUAUUAAGCAUGGAACACUCUUGCAGGCUCAUUCUCUUCACAAAGGUGAUGCAUAUGCUUUGGCUGCUUCACCUUCUCACAAUAGAGUGUUUUCAGCUGGUUCUGAUGGCAAGGUAAUCUUAUAUAAGCUUUCUGAGGAUGCUCCUGACUCCAGUGCGAAUGAAAAGUUGUCCUCUGAAGUCAGGAAGAGAUGGGUUUUUGUUGAUAGCAAAAGUGCUCAUACACAUGAUGUUAGAGCUUUGACAGUUGCUGUGCCUAUUUGCCAGGAAGGUUCGCUUCUGCAUGACAAGGUAAAAAAAGUUCGUAGGAAAGGGAAACCUGUUGACUUCAGUUAUCACAAGUGGGCUAAUAUGGGGGUGCCGAUGCUUCUUUCAGCUGGUGAUGACACUAGGAUAUUUGCAUAUUCUGCCAAUGAGUUUACAAAAUUCUCACCUCAUGAUGUCUGCCCUGCUCCUCAAAGGGUCCCCGUGCAUUUUGUUCAAAGCUCUGCUUUCAACAAGAUGCCUUUGCUUUUAGUUCAAUCUUCUAAUGGAGUUGAUAUUAUGUCUUUGAAACUGGGAAAUGGCGCUGCUCUUGACAAAGCUCCUGGUGGACCUGCAACAACUAAUUUGCUUGUCCGUGUCAAUAGAAAAGGAUCCGGAAAGAUUACUUGUAGCACUAUUUCUCCUUGUGGGUCACUUUUUUGCUUUUCUAAUCAUGUGAAGCCCAGCAUGUUUGAAUUAAAAAGAACUGAAGGUAGCAAAACUGCGUGGCUUGUCAACAAGAGACAUCUUCCUGGAAAACUUCCUUACGCUCAUGCGCUUUGUUUCACCACGGAUUCUUCUCGAUUGAUCAUUGCAGGAGGUGAUAGACGAAUAUAUAUUGUGGACCUGGCAUCCUCAGAUAUAGUUCACAUUUUCACUCCCAGCCGCAAGACACAAGACGAGUAUUCUCCUCCCAGCGAGCCUCCUAUUACAAAACUGUUCACAAGUUUUGAUGGCCAGUGGCUGGCUGCGGUCAAUUGCUUCGGGGACAUAUAUGUUUUCAAUAUGGAGAUAUAUAGACAGCAUUGGUUUAUAUCAAGAUUAGAUGGUGCUUCUGUUACUGCUGGUGGGUUCUCUCCUCACAGUAACAAUGUACUUGUCAUUACAACUUCAUCUAACCAAGUAUAUGCAUUUGAUGUGGAGGCCAAACAACUGGGUGAAUGGUCAAGAAAGAAUUCUUUUGCCUUGCCUCGGACGUUCCAGGAGUUCCCUGGCGAGGUUAUUGGUGUCUCAUUCCCACCAUCUGCAAGUUCAUCCAUGGUUGUCUACAGUUCAAGGGCAAUGUGCUUAAUUGACUUUGAAAUUCCCGUGGAACGAGAUGAUAGUAAUAGCGACCUAGUUCCUAUUGAAAUGCUCAACAGUUUGGACUCGGUCUCGAAGAAACUAAAUUCAAAUGGACGGUUGAAGCGUAAGUUGCAACAGACAGACAUGUAUAUUAAGCUGUAUGGUAGACGAAAUUUCGAAUUUUUCGAGUUUAGACAUCCAGUUUUAUUUGUUAGUCACGCCUCCAAAAGUUCUCUUUUAGUCGUAGAUAAACCGUGGUUGGAGGUCGUUAAGAGUUUAAAUAGCCAACCCAUCCACAGACAUAUAUAUGGCAAUUGAGCCCGUCCUUUACAGUGAGUUGGUUUUACAGAGGUUCUCGAAUUUACGUUUUACCGCAAGUCCUUGUCAGGGCAAUCAAUUUUGGUAUUGCAGUAAUAACUUCUGUGCUCUUUUGGCUAUAUUAAGCAUGUAGUGUAUUAUUUUCACUAAUAUUUCAAUUUUAUGAACUAAAGUUGGCUUAGGGAAACCAUUUUGAAUUGGACUCUUGAUAUGCUGCACUGUAAUGCAUCUGUGUAUAUAGGCUCUUUUUGAACUUUUAAUAGGAAACUUUUCAUUUUAAUGA